GUUGCUAACACUGAUCCAGUUAAUUAGAGCUUGUGUCGCCAUGACGCAGUCGUGUGCAACAGAUUUUUCUACGUUUGAUGAUAUUAUUAGCUUUUGGAUUUAUUUAAAUGAAAACACACCAGCGGACUACCAAGCACCAGGUUUCAUGUGUAUGGAAGAAGAAGACCACCUGGAGCCAACAAUUAACAAGCAACUAAAAUUGGGUUCGGUGGAAACGCCAUUCCAUAAAAUUGUGGCUCAUUCCUUCUUUAAGGAACCCAUGAGGGCUAGCCAUAAGGCAAACCCAACAGAGAAUCCACCAGUGCCAGUGGUAACUAAUGAUAUGGAAUUAACAGGAGUAACAGGGUCUGCAGUCCGUUUAUGUUGUCCCUGCAACAUGGAUGUGCCAUGUGACACCUUUACCCAAUCUGAACUUGUCAGUACUGUAAUCUCCGACAGCAUGCGGCGUGCUUUGGAAUUAAGAAUAGAUCGUCACUUGGCAUCUCAAGUGAUGCGCCACUGUCUUUCCAAUUGCUAUGAUCUUGAUCCAACCCGUACUCCCACUGAUACUCAAUUGGUUUCCUUGAGUCUGAGGAGACGGGAGUAUCUAAGCCUUUUCCGACGAACAUUGGAGUUGUGUUCGGAAGUCCAAACCAUUAAAGGUUGGGACUUGAUAGAAAAAUUCAAGAUAUUUAAGUUCAUGGCUGCUCAACUCAUGAAGUUACUUGAUUCCAAUAAAAUUAUCCAACGAGAUUCAGAAUCAAGUUUCAGUUCCCCUGGAGAAAGAUGUCUCCACAAGGAAAAGAGCUGCAGAACUAAAGAAGGUUAAAAUUGCACCGAAAGAUGUAAAUUAGGCACAAGAGCCAAUUUUGUUUUUUCAUUUUUCUAAAAAAAAUUGAUUUUCUAAUAAGUAAUUUAAGUUUACAAAAAUGACAAAAAUUUGUUACUUUUGGUUUUGUGUAGAAGAACUAAUUUAAACCUAUGAUAAAUAAAACGUUAUUUUUUA